UUGUGUUAGUUAGAAUCACGGGGUCGAUCAUUUUCGUGCUUCAAGUAGUCGUCUACGCAUCAUCAUCGAAAGUGCAUGAAUUCAUAAAGCGCUUGAAUCGUUAAUUGACCUUGUCGGCGUAAUCAAUAAUCAAGCUAAAAAGCCAGACGUCAUCGCGAGAAUCGGUGGAAAUUACUUUGACGCGCGAUAAGAAGAUAAUAGCGGCGUUAUCAUUCUCUUGAAUCGGUAUAAUUCGUCGAAUCUCGAACUCACUAAUCACGUUACCAUAGUCGCUCCAGCAUGUCAUAAGAUAUAUUGAAUCGACGCGGAAAUUCAAUAACUUUUAUUUCAUAAGUUAUCGGUCGUUAUGUCUCUUCGCAAACUCGCCAUUCGCGUUCUGCUAAUCUCGAUUAUUCGUUUCUCAACGACAUCGAUCGUCCAGCCGCAAAGAUUGUACAUUGUACGAUUUUCGCCGGAAUCAGCGAGGAGCCUGGAAUAUAUUCCGGACAAAUGGAGGACAGUACAUCCGAAGUUCAAAGCCCCGCAAAUCGAGAUUCGAUUGAUGAAGGGUUAUGUCUCGCCGGACGAAAACUGGAUGUUUGCCAAUGAAUACAAGUAUUCGGGCAAAGAUUAUAAUGGUGCGACAAAGAUGACAUCGACGACAAAUGAGGAGAAAAUCCCGCGAAUUGAAAACGGCGAUAUGGAAACAGAAGAAAAGAAGAAAGAGAAUAGUGUUCAGGAUAAUAUCGUGAUGCCUGAUAGAUUUAUCCCACAGAUUGGAUCAAGGAAUAUUAUUACAGUACCUACAUACUGUCCGGAAGGGCAAAGAAAAGAUAGUAGAGGACGUUGUAGAAUUGUCAUAACGUCAUAGAAAGACAGAGAGAUGGAAGAC